AGAUGACCAGAUAACACUGGUCAAGGUCUCGUCUCUAUACGGAUAUUUCAGAGUCCGACACCAUGACGUCGUAUGACCGGAUUGUAGUAAGGAUGUUUCGCCGUGAAAGCCGACUCUAACGAAAAAAAAACCUAGAUUUUAAUUAUUCAAUCUUAGAAUCAAAAAAACGACAUGGCGACAUUUACGACAUUUGAUUAUUGCCUCUUUAUAACAGUGCUUCUAGUUUCAUUUUUAAUUGGACUAUAUUACAUGCUGAAAGAAAAAUUCGCUAAACGAGAAGCUACCUCGGACGAUAUUUUAAUGGGCGGACGAGAGAUGCCAGUGUUUCCGGUGGCGAUGUCCCUAGUAGCUAGUUACAUGUCUGCCAUUACGGUAUUGGGAACUCCGACAGAAAUGUACGUGUUUGGGACACAAUAUUACAUGGUUGCAUUUUCCGGAUUAUUGACCUACCCCGUUACCUGCUUUGUGUUCCUGCCAUUUUUUCAUAACUUGGGAUUAACAAGUGCAUACCAGUAUUUGGAACUUCGAUUCAAUAGUUGGACUCGCUACAUUGCGGCGUUUGUCUUCGCCAUUGAAAUGAUACUCUAUAUGGCAGUGGUGCUCUAUGCUCCAGCGCUUGCUUUAAAUCAAGUAACUGGUCUCUCACUGUCGGGAUCUAUAUUAAGUGUGGGUGCUGUGGUAACAUUCUACACGUCCAUGGGAGGGUUGCGUGCCGUGCUGUGGACGGACACCUUCCAAACAUUCGUUGUCGUUGGGGGUCUGGUUGGUAUCAUUGCCAUGGGCUGUUCAAAGUUCGGAGGGAUCGCAGAAGUCUGGAACGUCGCACAGCAAGGAGGCAGAAUUGAGUUCUUCAAUUUUGAUCCAAGCCCCCUCACACGGUGCACGUUUUGGGGACUGAUAUUCGGCAGCUUUAUCGGCCAGCUGACGAUCUACGGAGCUAAUCAAACCAUGUUACAGCGAUACAUGAGCAUCAGUAAUGUCAAAAACGCACAACUAGCACUAUUUGUCAGCUUACCGGCCACCAUUAUACUGAUCACUCUGGUAUGUCUGUCCGGACUGGUCAUUUACGCGGAGUACCACGACUGUGACCCUUUACUGGACGGUAAACUGAUAUCCAGGGACCAGCUGUUGCCCUACUAUGUAAUGGAGAGUCUCGGGAGAGUACCCGGCGUACCGGGACUGUUUGUUGCCUGUAUAUUCAGCGCCGCCUUGAGCUCAAUAUCAUCUUGUUUGAAUGCUCUUUCUAUAACUUUGCUGGAAGAUUUGUUGAAGCCUUUCCUGGAGUAUAUUGAUGUAGUAAUGAAACCGUCUGCUGAAGCAAAAGCUGCAAAUAUAUUAGGUGUAUUGGGUGGACUGGUCGUCAUUGGUUUUGCCUUCCUCUCUGCACUGCUUGGUUCUACUGUUCUACAGAUAAUGAUAUCCGUGUUAGGGAUGGCUGGAGGACCACUGCUCGGAUUGUUCCUCAUGGGAAUGUUCUUUCCAUGUGUAAACGGCAAGGGUGCGUUGUCCGGCAUGGUUGUAAGCACAGUCCUGAUCUUCUGGAUCGUGGUUGGCUCUUUUGUCUAUCAAGUUCCCAUGCCAACACUUCCGUUUGAGACUGACGGAUGUGACGUAUCAGAUGGUGUUACAUAUGCAUUGAACAAGUUUGUAAUGAAUAAUCCGGAUAUCAACAUGCCCCGGGUACAGAUUACCGACAGCUAUACAGCCCAAGAAACUGAGAUUGACUGGACAGGUCCAAUGGCAGUGUAUAGGUUGUCUUUCUUGUGGUACCCGACAGUAGCAGUAGGUAUAGCGCUGGUCGUGGGUAUUCUCGUCAGCUGUCUUACAGGUUGGCAGAGCGAGAAAACUGAUCCUAAAUUUGUGUAUCCAGUGUCUGAAAAGUUGUGCUGUUGUCUUCCUAAUUCUGUAAGAAAGAAAUUGAACUGUUUCAAAUUAUGGAAAUAUAAUGUUGGUAACAUGAGCGAUGUUUUGUCGGAUGACGAAGAGGAAGAAGAAUUUAGCAAGUUAAAGAUGGAAACAAGAGAGACGGCAAAACUCCUUCCACCAAUGUCACGACGAAUGGAUAGCUUCGAAGCUGAAAUAAACGAAUCGAGUAUUGUUGUAUCCUUGAUACGUUAUAACCAGACACACACCAUGGAUUUUUAUACUGAAUCCAGUUUAAAAACAUGCAAAAAGGUAUGUGAACUCUGCGAUGGAGAACAAAUUGGAUCAUUUGUGGCCGUGGACUAUGUGUUAUUUGCAGCAGUUCUUGUGGUUUCGGCUCUUAUUGGAGUUUUCUAUAUGGUCAAAGAAGCUCGUGCGACGAAACAAGCAACGGCCGAGGAUGUUCUGAUGGGCGGGAGAGACAUAGGGAUCUUUCCCAUUGCCAUGUCUCUGAUGGCGAGUUUCAUGUCAGCUAUAACCGUGCUUGGGACCCCUACAGAGAUGUACAAUAAUAACACGAGUUAUUGGAUUGCAGGAAACGUCAUCAUCAUUACCACUAUACUAACUAACCAUGUGUUUCUUCCUUUCUUCCACAAUCUUAACUUAACCAGUGCAUACGAGUAUUUGGAGAAAAGAUUUAACGUAGUUGUAAGAAUAUGUGCAUCAGUGAUAUUUAUGAUGAAUAUGCUACUGUAUAUGGGUGUCGUAUUAUACGCCCCUGCUUUGGCAUUGAAUCAAGUUACAGGUUUGAGUCUAUCGCUGUCCAUUGUCUGUAUAGGUCUGGUGUGCACAUUCUACACGGCACUGGGUGGACUUCGUGCUGUCGUGUGGACGGAUACAUUUCAGACUUUUGUCGUCAUGGCAGGACUCAUCGCCAUCAUCGUAGUUGGGUCACGUGAGGUUGGAGGAUUGGACAAAGUUUGGAAAAUAGCUGACCACGGAGGCAGAAUACAUUUCCUAGACUGGAGUGCUGACCCUACAGUUCGCCACUCCUUUUGGGCUCUUGUAAUUGGUUCAGUUGUUGGUCAGCUGACAAUUUACGCAGCCAAUCAGACAAUGAUCCAGAGAUAUCUCGCUAUCAAGGAAAUAACUAACUCCAAAAGAGCCCUGUAUGUCAGUCUUCCGUUGACACUGAUCCUAUCCACGGUGGUAUGUUUAGUAGGAAUAGUCAUUUAUGCGACCUACCACGACUGUGAUCCAAAAAUCCUUAACCUCGUAAAGGCCAGAGAUCAGUUGCUGCCUUUCUUAGUUAUGGAUAAACUCACCUUUCUACCCGGUUUACCCGGACUGUUUGUGGCCAGUCUUUUCAGCGCCUCUCUCAGUUCAAUCUCAUCUGGACUGAACGCCCUUGCCAUUGUGAUAUUGGAAGAUGUACUGAAGAUAUUCUGGCGACAUCACGGAGGAGACCCGUCACCAGCUACUCAGGGACGCAUAGCUAAAGUACUAGGUUUUAUUUGUGGAGGCAUGGUAAUUGGUAUUGCGUUCCUCUCCCAGUUUCUCGGACAAACUGUUCUUCAGAUUAUGUUGAGUAUAUUCGGUAUGGUAGGAGGUCCCCUGCUAGGGCUGUUCCUGAACGGUAUUUUCCUUCCUUGGGUAAAUUCGGCAGGCGCACUUUGUGGAUUGGUCAGCAGUGCUGUUCUCACAUUCUGGGUCGGAAUCGGAGGUUCUAUAAUAUUACCAGUACCCCCUAUACAGAAGGUAUCAGCAUCUAUAUGUCAACACUUCCAGAAAAACUGUACGACGCCUGCAGAAAAUCAAAACGUAUCAGCAAUUUAUAAUAGCACCAUGUUACCUAUUUCAUCCACGUAUUAUAGCACGUCAGAACCGACAACGCCUGCAGCGACAACCAACGGUCAAGAUUUGUGGAUUUACCAUAUAUCCUACCUAUGGUAUGCCUUAUUCGCCGUCCUCAUAUCGCUAUUGGUUGGAACCGUCGUUACUCUUUUGUCAACGUUUUGUUCUGAUUUGAAUCGCCCAGAAGAUCUAGAUAAAGAAUUGGUACAUCCAUUGGCUGAUCGAGUUUGCUGUUAUCCAGCUUUAUCAUGCCAAAAAGUUAAUCGUCUUACCAAAACGCCUUCUCAAUUCAAUGAAAAAUCACCGGAAAUGGUCAAUGGAUACGAAAACGGCGACGUAGGACAUGAUGGACCUUAUACUGUUUCAAACGGAGAUUUGGAACUUCAGCCAAAACUACGAGAAAUGACGCAAAGACGAUACGGCGACACUUCACGGAAAGCCAAUGACCCCAAUCACUCCUAUUAUGAUGACAGCAUGUUGCCUGAUGACGACAACUCCUUAACAAAACUGUAAAUUACGCCAUCUUUAUUGUCAUUGACUAUUGUUGGUGAAUUCAUGACAAAGCCAUUGUGAUAGGAAUAUUAUCAGUUUCAUUUUACAAUAUAAAUAGGACUAGUAUUGCUUCAUUCUAAUGAUACAAUGUAGUACUACUGUUCUAAUGAUACAAUGUAGUACUAUUGUUAUAAUGAUACAAUGUAGUACUAUUGUUCUAAUGAUACAAUGUAGUACUAUUG